CCAGUCAGAUUAGAACGGCGGAAGGAAAUAGCUGCUACAACGACUAAUUUUUAACUAAUAAAUCGGCCACGUUUAGAAAAGAUGAAAAAACUAAUUUUCAUCUGUUUGGUGGUUUCCCAUCUGGUAAUCAAUGCUGGGAGUCAAAACUGUCCAUUUGGGCAGAAAGCUCUUCAGUCUAGUCAACGAAUGGAUCAAGCGCGCCAGUCUUUUGUAAACGAAUUAAGUCCAGCAGAUUAUGAUCUUUAUGUUACCGAAAACCACCCUGGUUUCGAAGUGUGGGCCGAAGCUCCCGUCGCACAACCGUUCUGGGACGAUUUUCGUCGAGCUCGUAUAAUGCUGACAACGACUGAACUUAUAAAUCAUAAAAUGUUUUUCGACCGACAAUGCAACGACCUGUCGCCGUACACGAAUUGUUUCUCACGUUUUGAUUCUUGUUACGACACCGUUGGUCUGCAAUGUGACAUAAAUGCACGAUAUCGAACAAUGGGUGGUACUUGCAAUAAUUUGCAGAAUAUUAAGCUCGGAGCUCAGUACUCAGCAUACAGUCGUCUAUUACUACCUGAGUAUCAUGACUGUCUACAUUCAGAGCGGAGGACAGCCAUUGAUAGCAUAGAAUUGCCAGCACCGCGAAUAAUUGGUAACAUUUUGGCUGAGAAUGGUUUUGGAAUACAACAGGCGGCCCCUGCUCAAUCUGUUUUAAAUGUGUUUGGUGCCUUUUGUGGACAACUGAUUACCCACGACACCGGGUCUAGGAUUAAUGUACAAAGAUACAAUACAUCCGGUCCCGGUAUUCAGUGUUGUUCUCAAUACUACACCCGAAGACAGUCGGAAGAGAUCAGUCAUCCAGCAUGUAAGCCGAUGGAUAUACCAUUCAAUGAUCCAUUCUUCAGUCAGUUCAAUGCGAAUUGCUUGAAUUUCAUCAGUUCACAAAUAACGUUCCCCAAUGACUGUAAAGUCGGACCAGCACAACAGUCGAAUUCAGUUUCGUCUUUCAUGGAUUUGACGAUCAUUUACGGAGACAGUCUAGCCACUCAAAAUCGUCUUCGAUCCAGACAAAACGGUCGUAUGAUAACUAACGCAGGAAAUGUUUUGCCCGUAACACCGAAUUGUCAAAGACAGCCAUGCUACUUUUUGGGUGACGAUCGUCUUGUGCAAACCCCGAUGUUAGCGCUAUGGCAUUCUUUGUUUCUUCGGCUUCAUAAUUUGCUCGCACCACAAAUUAGUACCAAUGACGAGGUCGCUUAUCAAGAAGGCAAAAGAUUAGUUACUGCCCUGUACCAACGCAUGGUGUUCAACGAAUGGUUGCCGGUUAUUUUGGGCCAGGCAGAAUCUGUGAACCGUCUAUUGACCUGCGAUCCGGCUAGAGCCAAUUGUGGCAGAUAUAAUCCCAGUACCGAUCCGAGUAACACGAACGAUUUCACACAUGGAGCUUUCCGAUGGCUACAUGCAUUCGUCCCUUCAACGAUAAACUUUUAUGCAGUCGAUAGAAGACUGGUAAUGUCAAGAGCCCUGUCCGACAUGAAUUCAAGUCAGGUGAACAUCCUAGAAACGAACUAUGACAAUUUGGUUCGAGGAAAUUUAUACGAUGCAGUCAACUACGGCGGAUACAGUCCUGAAUUGCGCAACCGAUUGAUGAAAGAUGCCAGAGGAAUGGGAACAGAUUUAUUUUCUAUCGACAUUAAGCGCGCACGUGAUCAUGGCGUGCCACCGUAUCACGCGUACAUUUCGUAUUGCACAAAUACGGCCGUUCAGAUCAACACCUGGGCAGAUGUGGAUCCAUAUUUUACGCCAGCUUCGGUACAGAUCUUGCAAAAAAUUUAUAAAAGCCCUAGAGAUAUAGAUCUUUUGGUUGGUGUGUUGGGAGAACGUCGUCAAACAGCAUACACGAUUCUGGGAAAAAUCGGAAGUUGCAUCGUUGCCGAACAGUUUAGGCGAUUCAAAUUUGGAGACAGAUUUUUCUACCAGUGGACCGAUGGACCUAAUCCAUUUACGCAACUUCAAUUGCAAGAAAUCGAAAACUUUUCCACGGCUAAAUUCCUUUGCUCCGUUACGAACGCUGGCUGGGUACCACAAAAUGCAUUCUUGACACCAAGUAACACCAAUCCGUUGGUGAACUGUGCUUCAAUUCCGAAAUUCAAUAUUGGUCUGUUUAAGAAGUGAACAGUUGAAACUACGGCCGUCAGUGUCAAUCAGUGACGAAAAAAAAUUAAAUAAAAAAUCGAAACGAUUGCCAAUCUGA